CUCGGCCGGCGCCAUUUUGAAAGUGGAGGAUUCGGGGGGGGCCCGGAGCGAGGCGCGGAGCGGGGGCAGCCCCAGAAACGGAGCCGGCCGCACCCCCGCCGCCAUCCGCCGCCAUCCGCCCCCUGCCGCCGCCCCCCGUCCGGCACCUGCGGCCCCGCCGCUCUGCGCCGAGACCGCCCGACCCGCCGCAGCCGCUAUCGCCAGCCCAACAUGGCAGGAGCUGGAGGAGGCAAUGACAUUCAGUGGUGUUUUUCUCAGGUGAAAGGCGCUGUGGAUGAUGAUGUAGCAGAAGCUGACAUAAUUUCUACAGUAGAGUUUAACCAUUCUGGAGAGCUGUUAGCGACAGGAGACAAAGGAGGGAGAGUUGUCAUCUUUCAACAGGAGCAGGAGAACAAAACCCAAUCUCACAGUAGGGGAGAAUACAAUGUUUACAGUACCUUUCAAAGCCAUGAACCAGAGUUUGACUACUUGAAAAGUUUAGAAAUUGAAGAGAAGAUCAACAAAAUUAGGUGGUUACCCCAGAAAAAUGCUGCUCAGUUUUUGUUAUCUACAAAUGAUAAAACAAUAAAGUUAUGGAAAAUCAGUGAAAGGGACAAGAGACCAGAGGGUUAUAAUUUAAAGGAAGAAGAUGGACGGUAUAGGGAUCCUACUACGGUUACAACACUACGGGUGCCAGUGUUCAGGCCCAUGGACCUCAUGGUUGAAGCUAGUCCACGAAGAAUAUUUGCCAAUGCUCACACGUAUCACAUCAAUUCCAUCUCCAUCAAUAGCGAUUACGAGACCUACCUGUCUGCCGACGACUUGCGGAUCAACCUGUGGCACCUAGAAAUCACAGACAGAAGCUUUAAUAUUGUAGACAUUAAGCCUGCCAACAUGGAAGAGCUGACAGAGGUGAUCACAGCUGCAGAGUUCCACCCCAACAGCUGCAACACGUUUGUGUACAGCAGCAGUAAAGGAACCAUUCGCCUCUGUGACAUGAGGGCGUCAGCACUCUGUGACCGGCACUCAAAAUUGUUUGAAGAACCAGAAGAUCCUAGCAACAGAUCAUUUUUCUCUGAAAUCAUCUCUUCCAUAUCUGAUGUCAAAUUUAGCCAUAGUGGUCGCUAUAUGAUGACUAGAGAUUACCUGUCAGUGAAGAUCUGGGACUUGAACAUGGAAAACAGACCUGUGGAAACAUACCAGGUGCAUGAAUACCUCAGAAGUAAACUUUGUUCCCUGUAUGAGAAUGAUUGCAUCUUUGACAAGUUUGAGUGCUGUUGGAAUGGAUCAGACAGCAUAGUCAUGACAGGGUCCUACAACAACUUCUUCAGGAUGUUUGAUAGGAACACGAAGCGAGAUGUCACCCUGGAGGCAUCCCGGGAGAACAACAAGCCCCGCACGGUGCUGAAGCCACGCAAGGUCUGUGCUAGCGGCAAGCGGAAGAAGGAUGAGAUCAGCGUGGACAGCCUGGACUUCAACAAGAAGAUUCUGCACACAGCCUGGCACCCCAAGGAGAACAUCAUAGCUGUAGCCACCACAAACAACUUGUAUAUAUUUCAAGACAAAAUGAAUUAGGGUUGGCAUUCCUAACUGGAGAGUCCACUUCCUGCAUAGUUGAAAUAGUUGAAUCUAGUAUUUGUACCUGUAACGGAGAGCGAGCAAGAGGUCCAUUGUGGCACCCCCUUGGCAGUGUUUGACAUGUGCCAUAUGACAACACACUUCACAGCUGCAUGGAGAGAGCCCUGCUGCUCCCCUCCAUGCCUGCCAGCCAUUUAGGUGAGGGUAGGGCACUUUUUAAUUUAAGAUGACUACUUGCACCAUCUUGCCUAAUGGACUAGCCUGGACUCUACCGACCUCGGUUUACUCCACUUUUUAUGCCUUCCAUUGUGAUGACGUCAGACACAGGGAAAGCCUUCAAUCAUGCUAUGGGAUUUAAUUGUGUAACCUCAUUACUGUAUCAUUUGUGGCCCCUUUUUUUAUUAAAUACAGCUCAUUCUUGCUGUGGCUUGUAGCAUUCCUCCGCCUCCUGGACUUCCCCUUCCCCUUUCAUCCCCCUCCACCUCGCUUCGGUGGUGGUGUAUAGAGAAAAACCAGAAGAAAGCACAUGAAGUGGGUCCGUUUGGGGUCAGUGGUAAAGGGGGGCUGUGUUGCAACAAAUGUUCAAUAAACAGUUGACUGUAAUCACUCCUUGCCAUGUCUGGCACCAAAACGAGGAGGGGAAAAAAAAAAAGGAGAAAAUAACAAACUACUGAAUAAAAGUGACAAAGAAUGGAGAAUCUGUUUUCUUUUUUUUAAAUCUACCUCUUUAUACAAAUACUCUGUGUUCUACCUUAGAUGCAUGAAAAUAAAAUGAUGGUUUUUUGUAAUGAUUUUAACCAGUAUUAAUUUUUUUCAUGGGAAUGAGGAGAGGGAGGGAUUUCAGCAGAAUCCACAUCCAUGAGUGGCAGCAGCAGCAGCUGUGGUGUAUGCUGACCUCUGCAUCUUCAGCCGUGCCCUGCUGUCAGGUUGUGCCAUCUGAGCAGGGCACUUCCUCUGGCAGUGUCCCCAAAGGCUUUGCUUUUUUUUUUUUUCCCCCCUUUUUUUAAUUGGAACAGGAAGUGAGGUUUUGGGCCUAGAAAUCUACUUUAUGGGAAUAAUGUCUUAAUGUUGAGUUUUGUCCUGGUUUCUUGAUUGCCUUUUGUUAGAAUGCAAACCUUAAUGCCUUGUUUGGAGUGCUGAGUUCCCUGUGGCUUUUUCAGUUGUCUGAGUUCUUGUCUGUAGUGCAGACGCUGAGCACAUGCAGAGCUCGCUGCAGCAUCCUGAGCUGCUCUCCUGUCUGUGCUUUGUGGCUACCAGUAGCACUGGAACUGUGGUCUGACUGUACAGGUGUUUCUCCUGCCUUCUGGUGUUGCAGAGUUGUACUUACAGAAAGGUGCAUGGUGCAGAUCAGAAACACCUGGAGUGCAGCAGCUGCAUGACAUGAAUACUUGCAGUUGAGAGAUUGAAAGUCCUUAGCAAACAAGGUUUAGCCAAAGAUGAACCAGAUACUGAUGCUUUGUAAGGCUCAUGAGUUUUUACUGCCAGGUAUUUUUGCAAAUUGUGCUUUUAGGUUUAGUCUUCCUUCA